AUGGGGAGAGUAGCGGUGCUCGCAGCAGCCAUGGCCGCUGUGCUGCUUGUUGUAGUCGGGCUGCUGGCCACGGCGCCGGCGGCGAGCGCGAUCGACUUCGGGGAGGAGGACCUGGCGUCGGAGGAGGCGCUGUGGUCGCUGUACGAGAGCUGGCGCGGCCGCCACGCCGUGGCCCGGGACCUGGGCGACAAGGCCCGCCGGUUCAACGUGUUCAAGGAGAACGUGCGGCUCAUCCACGAGUUCAACAUGGGGGACGCUCCCUACAAGCUGCGCCUCAACCGCUUCGGCGACAUGACCGCCGACGAGUUCCGCCGCGCCUACGCCGGCUCCAGGGUCGCCCACCACCGCAUGUUCCGCGGCGAGCGCUCCGCCAAGGGAGGAGGGUCGUUCAUGUACGCCGGGGCGCGCGGCCUCCCGCCCUCCGUCGACUGGCGCCAGAAGGGCGCCGUCGCCGACGUCAAGGACCAGGGCCAGUGCGGUAGCUGCUGGGCGUUCUCGACGAUCGCGGCGGUCGAGGGCAUCAACGCGAUCAAGACGAAGAACCUGACGUCGCUGUCGGAGCAGCAGCUGCUGGACUGCGACACCAAGGCCAACGCCGGCUGCAACGGCGGCCUCAUGGACUACGCGUUCCAGUACAUCGCCAAGCACGGCGGGGCCGCCGCCGAGGACGCCUACCCGUACAAGGGCAGUCAGAGCUCCUGCAACAAGUCCACCCCGGUCGUGAGCAUCGACGGGUACGAGGACGUCCCCGCGAACGACGAGGCGGCGCUGAAGAAGGCGGUGGCGCACCAGCCGGUGUCCGUGGCGAUCGAGGCCGGCGGGCCGCAUUUCCGGUUCUACUCGGAGGGCGUGUUCGCCGGCCAGUGCGGGACAGAGCUGGACCACGGCGUGACGGCGGUCGGGUACGGGGUGACCGCCGACGGCACCAAGUACUGGGUGGUGAAGAACUCGUGGGGCCCCGAGUGGGGAGAGAAGGGAUACAUCCGCAUGGCGCGCGACGUGGCCGCCAAGGAGGGGCUCUGCGGCAUCGCCAUGGAGCCGUCGUACCCCGUCAAGACCUCGCCCAACCCCAAGGUCCCCUCCCCGCCGCCUCCCUCCCCCUCCUCUCCUCCUCCACCCGCGCCGCGCCGCUCUUCCUCCGCGCCACCCGCCGCCUGCCCCUCGCGCCCCUCGUCGCCUCCUCCGAUGCCGUCGAGGCGGGCGUCGAGUGGACCGAGUCGGGGGACGACGAAGACGCGGGAGAAGCCUUCGAGGAGGAGGAGGUCGGGGUGGUUGAGGAGGAAGCGGGUGAGGAGGGCGUGGUGGCCUCGGGGGACGAGGGUGGAGACGGGGACGGGGAGUACGCGGCGGUGGAGCCACCUGAGGAGGCCAAGGUCUACGUCGGGAACCUCCCCUACGACGUCGACAGCGAGGGCCUCGCGCAGCUCUUCGACCAGGCCGGUGUCGUCGAGGUCGCAGAGGUCAUUUACAACAGAGAGACAGGCCAGAGCCGUGGAUUUGGGUUCGUUACCAUGAGUACCAUCGAGGAAGCUGACAAGGCCAUUGAGAUGUUCAACCGCUAUGACAUUAGCGGGAGGUUUCUGAAUGUAAACAGGGCAGCUCCCAGGGGCUCUCGUAUGGAGAGACCUCCUAGACAAUAUGCAUCUGCGUUCAGAGCUUAUGUUGGGAACCUGCCAUGGCAAGCUGAUGACUCUAGGUUGGUACAAUUGUUCAGUGAGCAUGGGGAAGUAGUUAAUGCUACGGUUGUCUAUGAUAGA